AUGUCGAACACACUGGAAAUUGGCCAUUUCGAUCCCACGUUUCAGUCAACUUCGAAGGUAAACUCACCCUCCAAACUAUGAUGCCUGAUUUUUGAAUAUUCUAGAAACUGGUACUUCCUGCCCAACGGAAACAACACGCAGACUACGAUAAUCUGAACGAUGAGCCCGGAGUGAACGACUUCUCGAGCGAUGAGCUCAUGAAAUUGCUCGCAUUUAUGGAAGGGGAAGUGCAGGCGAGAGAAGACGUCAUCGAGCAUCUGAAAAAGGAAAGGACGAAGCUUCUGUUGGCAGAAGCAAAGUACGGAAAACUGAAUAUGAACGAGCCGUUCGCUGCUCUCAGAAGGGAUUCCGCGAUCACGGGAGAAACGAUCGACGAGGAGAAGAUCGUGAAAAUGUACGAAUCACAAGUGGAUCAGCUCGAUAAAAUGAUGUCAGUUCAGAAGAAGUCACAGAGAAACGCAGCGGUGGUGAGUUUGUCUUGAUCCGAACUUUUGAAAACCACAUAGUAUUAUUGUUUCAGUUGUUGGUUGCCCUCGAAAAAAAACAGUACAAACUGGUGAAAAGACUGGAGGCGGACAGAGAUGCGAAGAUUAAGUGAGUGGAAUCCGAAUCGGAUGUGGUGGAUAACAGAUUGGAUUUCAGAUAUGCAAAGCAGGGAGAUGAUCUGGUGGCUCACUUGGAAAAAGAGAGAAAUCAACUGCAACAACAGAUAGAAUUCCAUGUUGAAGAGAAGAGAAAAGCGGAGAUAGCAAAGGACAAAAUGGAGAUGUCGCUGGGAAAUGAGAAGAAGAGGCACGAGUCGAUUGUUCUGUAUCUGAUUCAGGAGAGGAAGCAGAUGCUGCUGAAGAUGCACGAAUUGAGAGUGAAGACCGAACAGCUCCUCAUUCAGCAACAACCGGAUUCCAACAAACGUAAGUGUCUCGCUUAUUCUACAUAUUUCAACGUUUCGUUCAUAUCAGCGGGUCCUUCGAAUGCCGUCAGUGACCGGGAACUGAUUGAAGACUUGAAAAAGGAGCUGACUUUCUUGCGUUCUGAACGCGAAUCUUUGAUGAAGACGCAAAAGAUGAUGAAGACUGAGAACAUGAGUUUGCGGGAGACUGUCCGAGGACAGGAGGCCGAUCUGCAAAUGCUCCGGCGGAAUCUGACACUGGCCGGAGCCAAGAUGUCCAUUGACAAACCGGGAAUAGUGGCGAGUUCCCGUUCUCGUCCCGUCCCACUCAAUUUGUAUUCUUUCAGCUGCCUCAACUGCCUCCAGACGGCGGAUCGCUGAUAAUGGCGAACAAAGGAGCGAAGCCGGCGACCACAUCUCGCCAACCGCCCGUUCUCCCUCCGCCGGCCGCCCGUCUCCCCAAUUCCAGCACGUUCCCCACUGAGAAGAGCCGUCUUCCGAGAGCCCCUCCUCCGGUCACUUCUACCGUCCCCCGGAUGUCCAUCGGACCCAUUCCCCCUUCUGCCAACGCGUCAGUUGAUUCCUCCCACUUCUCCCUCUCAUUUCACCCUUUUUCAGUCCGCGAACAAUGAGCUCUCCCGUCAAAAAGACGCCCGUGAUGGGAGUUUCGUCCACGACGGCCCGUCGUCCCCAGUCCGCCACCACCGUGCCGACGACUUCUGUGAUCACCAACACCGCCGCCAUGAUGCCUCUGACUCCGGAGCUGGAGCAGUUAGAAGCGGCGAUUCAGUCGAUGAACGGUCAGUUUCCGCCCCAGUUCUCUGGCUUUCCGUUCCUUCUGCACCGCCUGUUUCCUUUCGUUGUGCUUCUUUUCGUAGUGUUGUCAUUCUUCAGUCGUCUCGAACAGUCCGCCCGCUUACACGUCCGCCAUGGCCAAACGGAGCUCCAGUCUUCCGCGAGAGCCCAACAACAAUCCGUCGUCCCCGGCCCGCCGCGGAACCAUGAACGGAGGAAUGUAUACGUCGACGACGGGCGUCGUCACCACUCGAAUCGGCACGUUUCCAUUUGAUUUGCGUCCUUCUUUUCUUUAUUUAUUUUUUCCUUCCUGAACUCGCUCAUAAAUUAUAAUGUCCAUUAUUUUCAGCCGGACCGUCUACGAGCACUGCGAGCGAACGGAAAAUGUCCGGAACGGUCAAAAGGAACGGGAUUCUGGCGAAGGCGUUCGGAUCAUCCAAAUAG